CCAUUCACAUGAGGCAGCAGAAGCCAUAAAUCAAUCAUUCAAAAUCAUAAACCGCUUUUUCCUGCACGACAUCACUGCUACACGUUCACUCUCUGAUUGGCUUCUCUUUUAAAGUGUUGGGAAUGUUCUGCCAAUAAACCUCUGACCACAGCUAUGUUGGCUCCCCAGCAGUACUCAUAAACCAGAACAGCCAUGUCUGAGGGACCGAAAAAGACAAAGUACUCAGCAACCCGCAGGUUACUGCUGAAGCAAAAGCUACUGAAGAAAGCUGGGGUCUUGCUGGUCCAGGAGCAAAGCAACAAGGUGACAGAGAGGGAGAGCACCUUGAGCGAGAGAGUACCACCGCUGAAACUCUCCGGCCUAUCUGUGCAAGAGCUUCAGGAGCUCUGUAAGGAACUGCACAGGAAAUGUGACACGGUGGAUGAGGCACGAUACGAUAUCGAAGCAAAAGUGCUCAAGAAUGAGAAAGAGCUCGCGGACCUGAAUGCAAAGAUCAACGAGCUGAAGGGGGGGAAGCGACCUAACCUCAAGAGGGUCAAGAAGUCUGCCGACGCUAUGCUGGGGGCUCUGACUGAGGCCAAACUCAGCUCCAAGUCAGACUUUAAGUCCAACCUGAAGACAGUCAAGAAAGACAAGAAGGAGGAGGAGAAAGUGGACCCGGGUGACUGGCGGAAGAAUGUGGAGUCCAUGUCUGGAAUGGAGGGCAGGAAGAAGCUUUUCAAUAGCUGAAACAGUUACAAAUGCACGGGCUCUGUAGAGAUCUGUGGCUGCAUUACCUGCUUGUUUACUCAUUCAUAUUUAGGAUUUUCAUGAAAAUAUAUUUUUGCAGUGAGAUUGUGUGUUUUUGGAGGAAAGUAUGAAGUGUGAGGUAUUUUACACUAAAGACUAUGGGA